GCGGCUCCAGGGGUCUCGGCGCUGGAGGCCCCCGGGGGGAGCGGGGAGAUGGUCUCCAGAGCCGCCGAUCGGCUGCUGAUCGUCGUCUCUGUGCUGGAAGGGCGGUGUUUUCCAAAACGACCCAAGCACAGUCUUGUAGUUGAAGCAAAGUUUGAUGGCGAACAGUUGGCUACUGAUCCCAUAGAGCAUACUGAUCAGCCAGAAUUUGCUACAGAAUUGGCUUGGGAACUUGAUAGGAAAGCACUUCAUCAGCACAGGCUGCAGCGUACACCUAUCAAACUCCAGUGUUUUGCGUUGGAUCCCGUGUCUUCAGCUAAAGAGAAUAUAGGCUAUAUUGUUCUUGAUUUGAGAGCUGCACAGGAAAAGAAACAGGCACCCAAAUGGUAUCCUUUGCUUAGUAACAAGUACCCUAAAUUUAAACCUGAAAUACAAAUAGGUGUUGUGUUGGAGACUGAUUCAAAAGCACUGGUUGAUGAUUUUAAAGCCAAGGAGGCACCCCCUAGAGAAGGAAAGGUAGUUACUCUUUUUCCUGGGUUAGACCCUAAAAGCGUUAUACCAGUGUUGAAUGAAGAAGAGGGCUAUCAUCAAAUUGGACCAGCAGAGUAUUGCAGAGACUACUUUGUCUUGUCUGUAACCAUUGCAUUUGCCACACAGUUGGAACAGUUAGUUCCUAGUACUAUGAAGCUUCCUGAACGACAACCUGAGUUUUUUUUCUACUACUCAUUACUGGGAAAUGAUGUCACAAAUGAACCUUUCACUGAUUUAAUUAAUCCAAACUUUGAGCCAGAAAGAGCUUCUGUUCGAAUACGUAGUACAGUUGAUGCCCUUCAGGUUUAUCUUUGUACACAGUCAAAAUUGCAGAUCCAUCUUUGCUGUGGGGACCACUCUCUUGGAAGCACUGAAAUACCCUUAUCUGGACUACUGAAGAAAGGAAAUGUGGAGAUUGAUCAACACCCUGUGGCAAUAGAAGGAUCAUUUGUCCUUGUUCCACCAAAUAGAGCUAAACAGAAGCUACCACAGUUGCCUUUGGAUCUGGCUCCUACUCUUGGGGUAUCUGUAGUUCUUCAAAGGGAGAACAUGACUGCCCAGCUUUUGAUUCCCUUAAAUGCUCCAACUGAAUCUAAACAGCCACAGGAGAAAAUUCUUUCACCUGUUAGUGGAAAAACAGAGAGCCUGCAGCAGAGAUCUCAGAAGGUCCCAUCUCAAGCUGAUCAAUGUUCUUCAAAAGAAGAUGUGGCAACAGAAAGUGAAGUGGAAAGUCUUAAGUUUGAAAAAGGCACAAAACCAAGGAAAACAGAGCUGGUGUCUGGCUGCUGCCAAGAGGUUAACAAGCAGUACACUGAAGAGCUUCCAGGUUUCAAAUUGCAGAGCAGAGCAAAGUCACCUCUAUUAGAUCUGCAAAAUCCCACUGAUAAUGGUCCAGUAGCAGCAUCUCAGCCCAACCCUGUGGGUGUGUCCAGUUCUUCUGAACCUGUGUCUGCACAGAAAAUUGUUAUUCCGGCAUCCUCUCAUCAUUUUUGCUUUUCAAUAGACUUAAGAAGUAUACGUGGUCUGGAAGUUGGUUUUCCAAUAAAUUGCAUUCUAAGGUACUCGUAUCCAUUUUUUGGCAGUGCAGCACCUAUUAUGACAAGCCCACCUGUAGAAAUCAGAAAGAACAUGGAAGUCUUUCUUCCAAAGUCAUAUUGUGCAUUUGACUUUGCAACUAUACCUCAUCAGCUUCAAGAUACAUUCUUCAGAUUGCCUCUGCUGGUUGAAUUGUGGCACAAGGAUAAAACAACCAAAGAUUUACUUCUAGGGGUGGCAAGACUUCAGCUUUCAAACGUGUUGGCUUCAGAAAAAACUCGCUUCUUGGGUGGGAAUGGUGAACAAUGCUGGCGUCAGACUUGUAAUGAAACAGUCAGUGUCACAGCAGCACACGGGUCAGGCAACAGAAUAGCAGAGCUUUCAUAUGCCACCACUUUAGAAGACUACGGGCUUGUGAAGGUGCAAGAAGUUCUGGUGUCAGAUUCUUCUCAAGGUGUAGUUGCUGGGCAACAACAGCAUAUUCCUCACACUCAGCCUCCCUGUGCUCCAGAAGACCAUCCAGAACCUCGAGAAACUCUUGAAUACAAAGCAGCACUGGAAUUAGAAAUGUGGAAGGAAAUGCAAGAGGACCUUUUUGAAAAUCAGCUUAAAAAGAAGGAAAUGGUCCACAUGCAAGCACUUGCAGAAGAAUGGAAGAAAAGAGAUAGAGAGAGAGAGGCACUAGUGAAGAAAAAGGUAGCAGAGUAUAAUGUUUUUGAAGAAAAACUUCAGAAAACCCUGAGAGAGCUAGAUAAGCGAGAACGACAGCUUUUUAGUGCUGAAUCAGAGCUUCAAAGAGUAAAGAAGGAGUUGCAAGCAGAGCAUGAACAAAACCUGCAGGUGCUACAGGAUUCUGUGCGGCGAGCCAGAGAGGAAUGUGCACACCAGCUUGAGCUAGAAAGGUCAAAAAUCAAACAACUGGAAGAAGACAAACUUCGCUUACAUCAGCAGCUUUAUGAAGCAGAAAAUAAGCAUAAAAUUUUGGAGAAGGAGUUUCAGCAAUACAAAGAACAGCAAAGUAGCAAACCAGAAAUCCAACUACAAUCGGAAAUAAAUCUUCUCACUUUAGAAAAGGUUGAACUUGAAAGAAAGUUAGAGUCAGCUACCAAGUCAAAACUCCACUACAAACAGCAAUGGACAAGGGCUUUGAAAGAACUUGCAAGGUUAAAACAGCGUGAACAAGAAAAUGCAAUGGCUCAUCUUAAAAAGCAGCAGCAAGAGCUGGAGCACAUGAGGCUGCGCUAUUUGGCAGCAGAAGAAAAAGAGCUGGGGAAAACAGACCGACAGGAGCUGGACGAUAUCAGAAAUGAACUUAACAGGCUAAAGCAACAAGAAGAAGAGAGAAAGCAAUUGCAAGAUGCUAAAGAUAAUUCUGCUGGUAGAGUGGAUGGUCUUCAUUGUAGAAAACUAAAUGAGAACACAGAUGAUUACCUCUCUCGUCUGAUAGAAGAGAGGGAUACCCUGCUGAGAACAGGAGUCUAUAACCAUGAGGAUCAUAUUGUGAGUGAACUUGAUCGUCAAAUCAGAGAAGCUAUUGCAAAAAGGAACAUCACUAUUUAAACGUGUACAAGAAGCUGUUAAAAAGAGCCAAAAUCUGAAUAGAGUGAUUUCUAUAACCCUAUACGACUUUGCAAAAUAUGUGAUGUCGUGCUUUGUUUUGCACACUAUAGCCAGCUCUCUUUGAAGUCAGUGUAAAUAUUUGCAACAUGUCAAGUUAAGCACAGUUGUAAGUUUUAUGAUGGCAAUGACUGGUUUAUAAUGUUUUUGUACUCAUAUGUAUGUAUAUAUAUGUGUGUGUGUGUGUAAAUAUAUUUAUCUUGUGUACUUUCUUCUGAAAUGUUUACUACCUCUUUUUGCAUAACUCUGACUAGGUUUAUUUGUAAUAUUUUUAAUAUUCAUUCUAAGAGGUUUUUGGUCAAUGUUGUCGUUAUUUCUUUCAAUUUUUAAAUAUAUCUCUUCAGCUGUACUAGGGAAAAGUGACAUCAGCUGCUUUUCCUGACAAAGCUCUUAAUUCUGAACUGAAUUGCAGCAUUGACCAAAUGUUACUUUUUUGACUAAAUGACAAGGUAAUCAAUUUUGGCUUCUCUAACUGUAGGUAACACAACUAAGUUCUGUAGUAAACAGGAGACGAGGUUUUGAGUGUGUAUGUGUGAGGGGGAAUCAAACCUUAUGGAACUGAAGCUGAACCAGUUAUUAACUAGCCUGAUUGUACAGGUAAAAUCCCUUGGUUGCCCUGGGAGUUUUGCACAUGGACCAGUAAGGGUGAAUCCAGGGUGAACCCAGGAGAGUAAAGACCAUAUUCAGAAGUGUAUAUGCAUUCUUACAUUGAUCCCUAAUGAGGAAAAUAAAUUGAAGCAACAAUUCAGUGAAUUUAUAUGCUUUAAAUCCUGAACACAAACAUAAAAAGCUCUUGGUUUAAGUAAAGCUGGUUUUUUUCAAUCAAGAUGUAACCACUUUGAAGUUACUUAACGUGUAUUUCAAAGCAUGUUAUCUCAUUGCCACUUAAAUUGUAAAUAAAACUUUGUUUGACUGUGGAAGUAUGAACAGGAUGCAGAACAGAAAUCCACAAUUAAUGUUAGUUUGCGCAUAAUCGCAACUGAAAAAGUUUUGGUUUCCAACCUUCAUUCUGUUUCUGUCAUAUUUGUGGGGAUCUACCUGACAUUAACUUACAACGCUGUCCUUUCAAUAGGCAUUUUUGUCUGUCCUGUACUCACAAGUGUUUCCAUUUGAAUGUCAAGUACAAAAAUUGUCUUUAAAGUGAACAAAGAUACCAAUGAAAAAAUUAUUGGUUUGGGUUUUUUACAUAAAAUCAGUGAAGUUUCAUAGAUAUGGUUGAAUACAUUUGACCUUCCUGUUUUGUAUUAAUUAUAAAUUGUAUUAAUUUGUAUUAAUUAUAAAAGUUAUAAUUAAUACAAAAUAUACAAAUUAAUUUUGUAUUAAUUAUAAAAUGGGGGGAGGGGUGUAUCUUAUCUGGCUUUACCUCUAAAUGCAUUGGUUUUCCUCCUCUUUACCAUGGAUGUAUCUCCUGUUUAAAUAAACUAUUAAUUUAGACUCUUUAGAAAAGUUAAAAACAAGCUGUAAAAAAAAAUGGAGAUCUUAUUAACUGAGGAAUACUUGAAUACUUAUCAAUACCAGACUUUGUAAGAAAUGCUUUUGUAAUACUUUGCACACUUUACUGUAUUUUUCAAAGUAGUGUACUUAAAGAGAUCCCUCUCCACUAACUAAGAAAAUAUCACCUCCUUAAAUCCCAUAGAGAUCCACGAAAUAUAAUUUUACAAUAUUUUUUUCAUCAUGGCUGUGUCAUAUCACUGAUGCAUGAUUAUAUGCAAUUACUGUAAAUGACCCAGGAAGCUUCUGUCUUGACAGAAAAACUUGUUUGUGCUGUUUUUAUUCAAAUGCUUGUGCACUUGUGUAGUUUCUUUUCCAAACACUGGAGGGUGCCUGAGACUUAAAUAUUGCAAAGACAGUGUUGACUAAAUUUCAUAGCUGGUCAUUUUUUUUGGACUGGUGUUCUAUGACUUUUCGAGUGUAUUAUUUUAUUAAAUAAAUUUUGAUUUAUAAGUAUA